AUGCCUUCAGCAGCUCUGUGUGCGCGCUCUCUGAGAGCCUACGCCCGCCAUGGCUCCAACCACACUGCCAUUCUCGCUCGCGCCUUCUCUGCGACGGCAAGGAGGCCAGAGAUCAACAAGGUCUACCCUUCAGCAACCGAGGCUCUCAAGGACAUGAAGCCUAACUCUACACUUCUCUGCGGUGGUUUCGGCCUCUGCGGUGUGCCCGAUACCCUGAUCAAUGAGGUUCUCAACAAGCCUGAGAUCACUGGCAUCACCGCCGUCUCUAACAACGCCGGUACCGACACCUCCGGUCUUGGCAAGCUCCUGAAGACCAAGCAGAUCAAGAAGAUGGUUGCCAGCUACAUCGGCGAGAACAAGACUUUUGAGAAGAUGUACCUGACCGGUGAGAUCGAGCUUGAGCUCACGCCCCAGGGUACUCUCGCCGAGCGCUGCGCCGCCGGUGGUAAGGGCAUUCCCGCCUUCUACACUCCCGCUGCCUUCGGAACCGUUGUUCAGACCGGUGAGCUUCCCCUGAGGAACAAGGCCGACGGCUCUCCCGACCAGUUCUCCUACCCCAAGGACGUCAAGGUCUUCAACGGCAAGUCCUACCUGCUUGAGGAGAGCAUCGACGGUGACUACGCCUUCGUCAAGGCCUACAAGGCCGACAAGCUCGGAAACUGCCAGUUCCGCCUGGCCGCCAACAACUUCAACGGCGCCAUGGGCCGCAACGCCAAGAUGACCAUCGUCGAGGCCGAGCACAUCGUCGAGCCCGGUGAAAUCUCCCCCGAGGCCGUCCACCUGCCCGGCAUCUACGUCAAGCGCGUCAUCCAGAGCACCGCCGAGAAGAACAUUGAGAAGUUCACCUUCGCCAAGGACGAGAACGACCCGGACGCUAAGAAGGCCCUCGGCAGCGGUGACACUGCCGCCAAGCGUGAGCGCAUCGUCCGCCGCGCCGCCAAGGAGUUCAAGAACGGCAUGUACGCCAACCUCGGUAUCGGUAUGCCCAUGCUUGCUCCCGGUUUCGUCGGCCCCGAAGUCGAGGUCCAGCUCCAGUCCGAGAACGGUAUCCUGGGUCUCGGCCCCUACCCCAAGAAGGGCCAGGAGGACGCCGACCUCAUCAACGCCGGCAAGGAGACCGUCACCCUCAAGCCCGGCGCCGCCGUCUUCGGCAGCGAGGAGAGCUUCGGUAUGAUCCGCAGCGGUCGCAUCAACCUCACCAUCCUCGGUGCCAUGCAGGUCAGCUCUACCGGUGACCUUGCCAACUGGAUGUUGCCCGGUAAGGUCAAGGGUUUCGGUGGUGCUAUGGAUCUGGUCAGCAACCCGAGCGCCACCAAGGUCGUCGUCACCAUGGAGCACACCGACAAGAAGGGCAACGCAAAGAUCGUCAAGCAGUGCGCCUUCCCUCUUACCGGCCGCGCUUGCGUGUCGAGAAUCAUUACUGAGCUGGGUGUCUUCGAUGUCGACUUCGCGCACGGCCUGACCCUGAUUGAGAUUGCGGACGGUGUUACGGUGGAAGAGAUCAAGAGCAAGACCGAGGCGCCCUUCACGGUUGCCGAGGACCUGAAGCCCAUGUUGUAA